AUGGGCCUGACGAACAGUAUGAAAAAGGCGCCAAAGGUGAACGGCAAUAAUGGCCAUGUCAACAGCACCCACCGUUGCUGCGCCGAGCGGAGGCUCCUGGAGGCCUGGGUGGCGGACGCCAGGCGGCACGGCGUUCCCGCCGCGCGCGUCGUGUCGUGGGUUCGGCGCAAGUUUGGCGCGCACAUGACGGUGUACCGGUGCCGUAAGGAUGGGUCCCUGGGCUGCUCCACGCCCUGCCUGCUCUGCUCGCGCGAGCUGGCCCGCUUUGACAUCAAGGUGCACUGCUCCUUGGAGGGCGGGGCCUGGUACUCUGGGCGCGUGACGGACGUCGGCGCACCGGCCCCCAUCCUGACGUCCGGCCAGCGGCGCAUGAUCAAGGGCAAGGCGGCCUGCAUGGCCGAACGCACGCUCAAAACCCCCAACCUGGCCAUACCCUUCCGUUGA